UGUCUAUAAAAGUAUAAAAAAAAAUACACACAUAGUUAAUCUUAGUCCGUGGUCCAUAUCACAUAAAUUAACAAUGAUGUCUGGUCUGUGAUAAAAACCUUGUGUAGUUGUGUGGUAAUCACCCUUAGAUAAUAAAAUAUAACAACAAUAAUAAUAGUUAAUUCUGUUUAUUAUAAUUUAUUGUAUAACAGAGUAAGAUUUCAUUUACUCAAUAUUUUGAUUUUUGAAAUUCAAAAUCUAUUCUAUGAAUUGUGAUUCUAUGACAGCAGUCGUUGAGUCGCCUCUGACGCGAUAAUAUCAACACUCAGGUCUUUGUGGUUGACAGUUUGGUUUUGUGCGUUGGUACCUACUACAUCACGAAGACUGAUCAUGGCUGGGCGUUGGAACGAAAACAGUUGCAAUGCACCAGCUUCUAACUUCACCAAUUUCAGGCCUGCUGGGCCAUCUUCAAACSAAUCCAUAAKGAAGAUGAACAGUGAUACUCAGAUACGCUUCUCUAAUUACGAUUUUGGUAGCACUUCAACAACAUCAAACACUUAUGUUUCACCAGUCACACAUUUUGAACCAGUGCAGAGAUUUGAGCCGGAGGUUGAACGCAUUGCCAGGCAUAUUCAGAGUAUUUGGGCUACUUGGAAACAAAGUAAAGUUUUAACUGAUACAUUGAGAAGUUUUUUUAAAUCCAGUCCUGAUCCGUACAACUCCUUAUUGCAAUUGAUAAAUGUCAUAUCAGAAGACAGACUCAAGGGUAAAGCUAGCUCAAUGGCUCAUACUAUAACAGAAGAAUUUUACAAAUGGAUAAAAUGUAACGAAAGUGAAUAUGAACAUGUUUUAACUGACGAAUUGAAAAUUCAAGCAUUUAAAAUGAUACUUGAAAAAAAAAUAAACUUAAACACGAUUAACACCAUUGUUAAAAUUUUCAAGUGUAAUACACGUUUAGAUUGUAUGGAAGAAUUAAUUAGGGAAUCGAUUAAACAAAAAAGAUUUAAAGAGGCCUGUUAUGCUAGUAUGAGUUUGAAUAUACAAGAUAGAUUUAGCGUAGAAGAUUUUUUACUUCCRUUGUUUUUUAUGAAUUUGGUGUGUGUAACAGAAGAAUUUUUAAUGACUACUCAAUUUCAACAAACAGCUUUGGUAAAAUAUCUUGAUGAUCUAUUAGUAGAGAAUGAUGAUUGCUUAUACUUCUUAGCUAAGCGUCUAAAUGUUACACAAUCAAAUAAUAAUUUUUCUAAUAAAAAUCAAAUCAAAACAAAUCUAUCACGAAUAAUGAAAAAAUAUAACAUUCCAAACGAGUUGGCUCCUAACAUUACUAGACAAAAGAAGAAGGGAGCUUUAGUAUACUUGUUCCGUCGUUAUCAAUCUGGCGCUACUGGAAUCCAUGCUUGGAGAGAAAUGGCGUUAGAAUCAAUUGGCGAUGAUGAAACAAUGAUGUUGGAAGUUGUCAAGAUGUUAGAAAAUUUUGGAGAUAUUCAAGAGUGUAUUUAUUUUGCCCAAUUAUUUGCCAUUGACCCAUCAUUAUUGCCACCAUCCAUACAACAAGAGUUACUUUACUGUGAAAACGCGAGUGCUGGUAUCAAUAUAUCAAUACCAACUGAAGAAUACAAUACUAUAGAAUAUCAUGACUUAUCAUUGCCUGAUAAACAAAUUCAUAUAAUUGAUUGUGCAUCAAAGUUUAAUGAAUUUUUAGAUAAAAUUAACAUUGAGUUAUUUGAUGCACAUUUGGAUGUUUUCGGUUUGGACUGUGAAUGGAAACCAGAACUAACAAGUGAUAAAAGUGAUUUAGCAUCCAUUCAGCUAGCUACUAUUGAUUCAAUUUACAUAUUUCAUUUACCCCAACUGCAACCAGCUGAAAAUUUUAAGCUUCAUUGGCAAGAAUUUUCAAUGAACAUAUUCAGCAAUAUAAAUAUAUUGAAAUUAGGUUUUGAAUGGAAAGGAGAUGCAUCAAUGAUUAGAUCUUCGUUACCAAUUGAUAAUAUACAACUCCACGGGCCUGGUUUUGUUGAUAUUAAGUUGUUAUGGAAAGAACUAGAAACCAAAUGGAAUUUUCAACUUCCGUUUCAAAGUCCAAAUGAAGACAUAACUUAUAAUAGUCUUUCCGAUUUAGUAAAAUUAUGUUUUGGAAGGCCAUUAAAUAAGACUGAGCAGUUUUCRAAUUGGGAAAAAAUACCAUUACGUUCAGAUCAAAUUAAAUAUGCUGCUCUGGACGCUUAUUGUUUAUUAGAAAUUUACAAUUUAUUCAAAACAAAAUGUGAAGCCAACAAUAUUCCAUUUGAUGAAGUGUGUCACAAAAUAUCAAAUAAUGAACAUCCAGAUAUGUUGAAACCUAAACCAAAACAUAAAAAACAUAAAUAUAAAGUGCCGACUACUAAUAUAAAAUCCAAGUCACCUCAUACUCAUGUUUCUUGUGUUAAGCAUUUCAAAUUUUUGGUACCAUACACAUUAGAGAAACUAGCUGAACGUUUACGUAAAUGUGGUAUUAGUACUUCUAUUGUUGAAAGAUCAAAAAUUAACGAUUGCCAUCAUAUAGUGAAUUUAAUCAAAACAGACAAUUUACAUUUUAUUGCUUUUGGACAUGCAUUUUCAAAGGUAAGCUUAUUAUAUUAA